UCGUUGCACGGAUUAGCACUGCUAUACUGCAGCUUUCUCUACUAGAACAGAAAUGGCGGCUCCUUAUGGUGCAUAUCCUGUCCAACAGCCCCCGGUUAUGGGGCUGUACAAUCGGACACCGGUUUUGGCAUUUGGCAUACUCCAGCUGCUUUUUGGAGUUUUUAUGAUUAUCACCGACAUUGUCAAUUUCUGCAUCAGUUGGUAUUCUGCGGUAGAAUUUAGUGCCGGUGGUUCGGGAUUCUAUGCCGGAGUUUUCUUCAUCAUAACAGCAUCGUUCGGUAUCGCAGCGGGGCGACCUCUGGCGAUGGGCCGUUCACCGCGCUCACGGAAAUGCCUUCUCAUCACCUCUCUGGUCAUGAGUAUAUUGUCCACCAUCAUGGCAACGGCUCUCGUCAUUGUUCUCGCGGUUUUACUUUCCAAUAUUACUGCUUGGCGCAUCAGUUAUUAUUGCUCCUCCAAUUAUAAUUACAGUUCACGUCUGUGUUACGUUUUCCGUUAUUAUAGCCGAGCAAUUAUGGGCACCCACCUGGCAUUCCAAAGUGUAAUGUGGAUAUUCAGUUUGGCCCAGGCAAUCACCGCUGGAAUCAAUCUGUGCAAGCUGCCCAAAAGCAAAACUGCAACACAAGUGGUGUAUGUACAGCCUGGCUACGGUUAUCCACAAGGUGUUCCGUUCCAUCCUACGGUGCCAGGACAGCCUGUCUAUUUCGUGCCCGGCCAACCAGCAGUGAUGGCGGAUCCGCCCGUUCAAAUGGUGAACCCGGACCCAGCGCCAGUUGUACAAAAGUCGUGAAAGAAUGGUUAUUAAACGAAGUCAAACUAGUAGGGCGCAUCUUUUAGCUCAACCGUAAUUGAGCAUGUUACAAGCGAGUACCGCAAUGCUAGGAUUAUUUGUGCUUGACCAUCUUUUUUAUCGUUGAUGCACACAGCAGCGUGUUAAAAUCCGUUUGUCGUGAGCUGUAAAUUUUCUUGAGUUUUUUUGUAUUUAAAAAAUAUGGUCAUUUCAACAAUAUUUCUGCGACAAUCCAGUAAAUGACGACUGACGAGCG